GCUCCAGGCUUUGCCACUGAUGCGCCUUGUGUGUCCCUGGGCUCCUCUUCGAGUCUCUAUAUACUCAUCUAUAAAACGAAGGGUGGACAAGGUCCCUUAAGUCACUUUUCAGUUCUUCCGAAUGUUAUUCCAUGUCCAUUUUGUCAUUUGAAACGCAUAGCCUCGGAGGUUAAAUAUCGUUGGCCCUGUUUUAUAAGGAAGACUUUGAGUCCCAGGGUGAGAGGUUAUGUGAUUUCCUCAAGAUUGCAUAGAUAACUUUUGAAGGUUUUGGAAUUUGAGACUAGAAGGUUAAGCUGUAACUCCAUGACCAGAUCUCUUUUGUAUGUCUCUGUAUUAUCAGUUCCUGCAACUGGCCAUAUAAGCAGAUAUUCAAAAAGUUUUGAAUGAAUGAAUGGAUGAAUCUUGAUUUCAAGGCCGGUACCACAGCAGAUCCGGUGUCUCUCCAUCACUCGGAUGUAUGAACAAGUAUAACACUUUUCCAGGUGUAUGCUGUGUCUUACGUGAUCGGAGACUGAGUCCAGUAUUGUUUUCUUCAACUUAAUCAGACAGACCAUGGAGGCACCUCCAGUCACCAUGAUGCCAGUCACUGGGGGCACCAUUAACAUGAUGGAGUACCUGUUGCAGGGUAGUGUUUUAGAUCACAGUUUGGAAAGCCUCAUCCACCGCCUUCGUGGUUUGUGUGACAACAUGGAACCUGAAACUUUCCUUGACCAUGAGAUGGUAUUUCUUCUUAAGGGCCAGCAGGCCAGCCCCUUUGUUCUAAGGGCUCGGCGCUCUAUGGAUAGGGCAGGGACACCCUGGCAUCUGCGCUACCUGGGACAGCCAGAAAUGGGAGACAAGAACCGCCAUGCCCUGGUACGAAACUGCGUGGACAUUGCCACAUCUGAGAACCUCACCGACUUCUUGAUGGAAAUGGGCUUCCGCAUGGACCAUGAAUUUGUUGCUAAGGGACACUUGUUCCGUAAAGGCAUCAUGAAGAUUAUGGUAUACAAGAUUUUCCGCAUCCUGGUGCCAGGUAACACAGAAAGCACUGAGGCCUUGUCACUCUCUUAUCUUGUGGAAUUAAGUGUUGUUGCACCAGCUGGGCAGGAUAUGGUCUCUGAUGACAUGAGGAACUUUGCUGAGCAGCUGAAACCUCUGGUUCACCUAGAGAAAAUAGACCCUAAAAGACUUAUGUGACUAAGAGGGUCUGUCUCUCUUUGGGGCCUGUCCUCAUCUGUUAGAAAAAAGAUGUUAUAGAUGCCCCAUUCCACCACUGACCAGGCAUUCGUCCUUUAGGAAGGAGGACAGUGAGAAUUAGGUUGGUUCUUUGUACUGUAUUCCUUGUGUAAUUUUACUUUCAUGAGAGCCUUUCUAAAUGAAAAAAGAAAGCCUCAUUAGAAAAAAAAAAAAAGGCUCAUUUAGAAAAGCUCAGGAUAACACGGAGAAUCUAAUUCCACUGCAUAAAUAGGGGAAACUGGAAGAAAUUAGCUUUUGGAAAGAAAAGUCCCUUAAUUGUUUUGCCAUUUGUGUGUAAGGUUUGUAACAUAGAGGCUAUGAGCUUGUAUUGUAUGGUAAUAAAGGCUAUGAAGAGAAAUGA